GUCUUUCUCAGUAUCUUUUACCUCGUCUACAUCUACUAAACUCUGUUUUGGCACUCCGUCUUUCUCUUCUUAAAUUUAAUUCCCAGCUGUUUUCAAUUUCAAUCUCAUCAUCAAUCUCUUAAACUUCUCCAUUUGCAAUAAUUUAGCAGCACAGAGGAGAGGUCUCUCUUUAGUCCUUAACCUCCUCGCCGGCGCGUGGUUUCCAGAUGUUGAGAAAAUCAAACUCCUCCCAUGAGCUUGUUACAACCUUUUUAUUCGUUGCUACUUUUUGUUUGGCUUCGUUUUCACUCGCUCAACAACAACUACAAUUCUCUGAGUCGGAUCGAUUCGAUGCCGACGCGGACGCCGGAAACGGCACCGUUUCAAAUGUUUCUUCCGUUACUAAACCGAAGGAAGGUUCCUUUGCUGCUAUCAUCGAUCGUGCUCUGGAGAAGGAGUUCAAUGAGAGCGAACAAAACGAAGUUAGUGACGACGCUGCAAGUUUCAACAACAGUGUAGCGGAACAGCAGGCUGUUUUGGAAACUGUUGCUAGAGUUAAGACGAAGAAAAAUGAUACAAAAGAGGAAAAAUCAUUUCAACUCCAUGACGUUUUUAAUCUAGAGAAUGAUAAUAGAGCUGAAGAUACACCGACGUUGAUAGAUCGAAAGGACAAUGUCUUCAUCAUAUCUAAUUUUAAAUCAAAAUACCCAGUGUUACAACUGGACUUGAGACUGAUAUCAGAUUUGGUAGUUGUCAUCGUUUCUGCAACUUGUGGUGGCAUUGCAUUUGCUUGUGCUGGACAACCGGUGAUUACUGGAUAUUUGUUGGCAGGAUCUCUUAUUGGACCUGGAGGCUUUAACUUUGUCAGUGAAAUGGUGCAAGUUGAAACAGUAGCUCAGUUUGGUGUGAUUUUUCUUCUUUUUGCAUUGGGCCUGGAGUUCUCUGUUGCGAAGCUUCGAGUUGUUCGAGUAGUUGCCGUUGUAGGAGGGCUACUGCAGAUAGUUCUAUUUAUGUGCCUCUGUGGAAUUACAGCCUCAUUAUGUGGUGGUAGACUCCCAGAGGGUGUAUUUGUUGGUGUAUUCCUUUCAAUGUCUUCAACAGCAGUGGUACUUAAAUUUUUGAUGGAGAAGAAUUCUAACAAUAUGCUUCAUGGCCAAGUCAUCAUUGGCACACUUAUCCUGCAAGAUUGUGCUGUGGGAUUACUAUUUGCGUUGCUUCCAGUUCUUGUUGGAACUUCCGGUAUUCUUCAAGGAGUAAUGUCCAUGACUAAAUUGUUGGUCACAUUGGCUGCCUUUUUGGCUGUUUUGUCAAUAUUGUCUCGUACUUGCCUGCCUUGGUUGCUUAAACUGAUGAUAAGCCUUUCAUCACAGACCGAUGAACUCUAUCAAUUGACAUCUGUGGCGUUCUGCUUACUUGUGGCCUGGUGUAGUGACAAGCUGGGGCUGAGCUUAGAAUUGGGUUCAUUUGCUGCUGGAGUGAUGUUAUCAACAACUGAUCUUGCCCAACACACACUUGAACAAAUCGAACCCAUUCGGAAUUUUUUCGCUGCACUGUUCCUGGCUAGCAUAGGGAUGCUGAUCAAUGUCCAGUUUCUCUGGAACCAUGUUGAUAUCUUACUUGCAUCUGUUAUUCUGGUUAUCACCGUAAAAACAAUAAUAAUUGCCUUGGUUGUCAAGGGUUUCGGUUACAACAACAAGACUUCACUGCUUGUUGGAAUGUCCCUGGCACAGAUAGGAGAAUUCGCUUUCGUUCUUCUCAGCCGUGCUACAAAUAUCCAUCUCGUUGAGGGUAAACUGUACCUGCUACUUCUUGGGACAACAGCACUUAGCCUGGUGACAACUCCUCUGCUGUUUAAGCUAAUCCCUGCCAUACUUCAUCUCGGGGUGCUCUUACGGUGGUUCUCCCCCGAGAGAGAAAGCUCGAUCGAGCUUGGGAUUAAAGGAGAGAACCUCCGUUCAGACAGCCUCCGUUCAGACAGCGGAAAGCAUCGCUUUACGUUGAUGGCCGAAGAACCCCAUGAUUCAUGAUUAUUAACGUGCAAGUAAAACUAAUUGAGAAGAAAAAUCUCCAUUACGAACUUGAUCGACCGUGUUUUGUCACGUUGCAGAUGAAGUUUACCGAAUGGUCUCGUGCAACAAAGUCCGCUUUUUAUUUUUCAUUUUUGGUUUACUAACCCUAUUAUAUUUGAUUAACAUUGAAUUGAGCCUCCUAAAAGCAAGCCAACAGCACGAGGUAACUCUUAACUGUUGAACUAAUGUCUUGUAAUCAUUCAUUUUUUUUAUCUUAAACUCGGUAUUGUUUCAA